AUGGCUCCGUUGUACAAGCGGUACAUACCGCCAAACCCGUCCACAGAGUCAGCAUCAGUACUAUCUCCAGCUCCAUCAGCCAAAUCGAUCCACACCCCUCAACCAGUGGAGCCAGAGAAGAAGCGAAAACGAGAGCGGACGCAGGAAGAAGUCGCGGAAAGGAAGGCAAAGAAGCUCAAGAAGAAAGGCAUCGACCCGGCUACGGUCCAGAGUGGGAGUACUCCAGUCGAAGAUGUCGACACGACCAUAGCAACGGAGGACGGACAAGAAGAUGGAAGCUUCGUACCCGACGCAGAAGCUGCUCAGAUUUCAGAGCAUGCUCCGGGACGAGGUGAUGGCGCUGCGCCAAAGAUGUCGAUGAAGAAGCGGCAUAAGCUAGAGAAGGAGGCGCGAGAGGCGGAGAAGGCUCGAAAGAGAGCGGCGAAACAGGUCGGGGCUGAAGGAGAUGAAGGAAGCAAUGGGACCAAUAUUCCGAUCUCUGAAAAAGCACGUGAAGAGACAAGCCAAUCGAAGAGUGCAUCAACCUCUCGGAAGGAUCAGAAGCAAGCAUAUUCGGAAAGCCCAGAUCGGGAUUCAUUGCCUAUCGGAGUCACAAGGGCAAAUGCGGACAGACAGGUCAACAUCGCGGAGCCGGAGGUAGAAGCUACAACGAAGGAAUCUCAGCUCAAGAAGCGGCGGCAUAAGCUGGAGAAAGUCUUGGAGGAACCGCCUAAUGAAGAUGCCAACGACCAUCUCCGCAAGCACACAGGAAUAUUGGGCAAGUUUGAGAAGUCUCUGAAACAGCCAGACCGGUCUGAGAAGAGAGAGCAAGAAGAACGGAGCCCCACCCGGCUUGUGCAAGCAGUCGUAAAAGAUCUAGAGCUUCCUGAGCCUGGCGAAGAGCCAUCCCCCGAGUUCGAAUCUGAAGUAGCAGCUCUUCCACCUUGGCUUGCGAAGCCUACAAUACUCUCUGCCAAUAGCCAGGCCUCGUUCACCGAGCUUGGCCUCAACCCCAACAUCACGAAACGCCUAUCGCAGCUGGGCUUCCGUCAUGCUUUACCGGUACAAAAGGCUCUAGUCCCACUCCUUUCGAAGCCAGGUGAGCCUGGAUCACAAUUCUUGCCCGGAACCGAGGAUAUCCUGCCCGAUGUUGCUGUCAGUGCCCCAACUGGAAGUGGUAAAACGAUCGCGUACCUGCUUCCUAUUGUCGAAGCACUCCGAGAAACUCGACAAGCGGGCAAGCUUAGCGUUCUGGUUGUCGUGCCAACUCGGGAACUGGUUCUGCAAGUAGCUGCUGUUGCGGAGAGCUUGGCUAAAGGAAGUGAAGUGAAAGUUGGAAUGGCCACUAGCACCAGCAGAUUCAAAGACGAGCAAGAAAGGCUCAUUCGACGAGGGCGCAAGUACGAUCCCUCCGGCUAUCGAGAGCUCAUGGAGCGAGCAAAGCGGCUGCAAGAUCCCCGCGAUGAUGACACGGAAGAGUUCGAUGGAAGCUUAGUUGUGUAUGAGGAACAAGGGCCGAAAUGGAGGAGACGCAUACAUGAUGCACUCAAUGGCCUUGUUCAGCAUGUUCCCACUUACGAUGCCGCCGUGGACAUACUUGUGGCAACGCCAGGUCGCCUACUUGAGCAUUUGAGCAACACGCUGGGAUUCAGUCUUGUCCACUUGCAGUGGCUCGUCAUUGAUGAGGCCGAUAAGCUUCUUGACAACCAAUAUGAAGGAUUCAUGGAGUUACUCAAUGCUGAGAUAUCGAGACCCCGAACCGAAGAGGAACAGGAUGCCAGGGAGCAAUACCUUCGAGAACAGGGCUAUUGGGAUGAGCGGAGAGAGCGUCGUCUCAGGAAGGCAGUGCUAUCCGCAACGAUGACCAGAGACAUAUCGAAACUUACUUCUCUACAAUUGCGGAGACCACAAAUGAUUGUGAUACGCGGAGAACGCAAAUCGGAAGAACAGGCUACCGCAGGCUCCACGCUAGAUGUUGACAGAGUCCAAGAAAGCGCUGGCGGGUUUGACCUUCCACCAGCGUUGGUGGAAUUUUGCGUGCCGGUUGGAGAUGGAAGUGAAAAACCUCUGGUGAUGAUCGAAUUGCUUGCUUCCAGGAUCCUGCGGGAAACGAAUGUCCCAGGAGAGCCAUCAAGACUACAAACCGAAAAUGCUGACGCCCAGUCGGAGUCGUCUUCAGCUUCAGACGACAGCUCUGAUAUCUCGUCGGACCACAGCUCGUCUUCAAGCGAAAGCGAUUUGGAUGAUGUCAGUGAUGAGAGCGAUGAUCCAGACUCGCAAGAGCACGAGACCCGGACUGCUCUGGACCAAGCGUUCUCAAGAAGACUUGCCGCCAUAUCUGCGCAAGAGUCCGGAGGCAGCAAGAAGCUCGCUGGGCCGCCGACUGUUCUCAUCUUUACCGCAAGUAACGAAUCCGCGAAUCGUCUAUCGCACUUGCUAAAGAAGCUCAAACCUCAGUGGGACCGCUACAUUACCACUCUGGUGAAAUCAGCUAAGCCUGGAAAGAACAGCGAGAUUCGCAUUCAUUCCAAGAAGUCUCAGCCGGUCAUAGUCAUUUCCACAGAUCGAGCUGCUCGUGGACUGGAUAAUAUCAGCGGCAGGCCAAUCUCGCAUGUCAUUCAAUAUGAGGUUCCACGAUCUGUGACCUCUUAUGUCCAUCGGGUAGGGAGAACAGCGAGAGCUGGCCGUGAGGGCGAUGCCUGGACCCUAUACACGCAUCCCGAAGCGAGAUGGUUUGUCAAUGAAAUCACGAAGGCUAGCAAUGUCAGAAGGAAAGGCGAGGUUGGCAGAGUGAAGUUGUUCAACUCGGAUGAAGGGUUGAAGGCCAAAUAUGAGGAGGUGUUGAGAAGCAUGCGAGAAGAAGUCUUGGUUGGCGCUGAUCGGUGA